UAAAAGAAGAAAAUCAAAGUUCUGAAAGGAUUUUCCUAAAUUUCCCUUAAAUAUGUUACCUACAUCAUGUUAUACAACUCCAUCAGCUCUACAGGAUAAUGAGCAGUUGGUGAACUCUUUGCUGGCCUGUCCAGAUUAUCUGCGCGUCGGUCAUCCUUUGGCUGCGAAUGCCGUCGGAGCUGUCAGUAUGGAUGGAUUGCCAUGCAACAGUUUCCCAUCUGCCUUCUAUUACAAUAAUAUGGAUAGUUUUCUGGCUCUGCACAAUAAUAUUUGGACUCUACCCAUCUCCUUUCUGCACAACAAUCAUCGUCCGGAGAAACCGCCUUUCUCCUAUAUAGCCCUCAUCGCCAUGGCCAUAAGUAGUGCACCCAAUCAAAGAUUGACACUGAGUGGCAUUUACAAAUUUAUAAUGGAUAAAUUCCCGUAUUAUCGUGAGAAUAAGCAAGGCUGGCAGAACUCCAUACGGCAUAAUCUCUCGCUCAACGAUUGCUUUGUGAAGGUGCCGCGGGAUAAGAACACCAUCGAGGAUAACGAUAGCGCUGGGAAAGGCAGUUACUGGAUGCUGGAUGCCUCCGCCACGGAUAUGUUUGAGCAGGGCAACUAUCGAAGGCGACGCACCAGACGAAGGCACUGCUCGUCGAGCAACAAUCGCUACGAGCGAGAGCCGGGCAAGCACGAUUCCAGUGCCAGCAAUGAUGGCAGCAAUGGGGAGGUUCGAUCCUCGACCGACGCCUUGGCUGACUUUGACGUCUUCUGCAGCGAUGCCAGUGCAAACUCUGCUGCACUGCGUCCUAAUUACUCGGAUCGCAUCACAGAGCUGCAUCGACAGUAUCUCUCCGUAUCCUUCGGUUUCAACAGCCUCUUCAACAACGAACCAACGAGCAGGAGUUUAAAGGACAGCAAUGCAGCCACCGACAGGCCAUGCUCGAGUAGAACUGCAGAGCAGAGCACAUCGGAUAGCGCCUUGCGUGAAGAUCUACAUUCCCCAAGCGCCUUUACUCCUACGCCGGCUGGACGAGAGGCGACACUAAACGUUGACGCAUUCAAAGGACUUCAACAGCUGCUCGACACGACGAAUAGAUCAAAGACGAACACACUCUUCACAAUUGAAAACAUUAUUGGCAAACCAUAGCAAUCAUUAAGAAUUCUAAUUAAACAUGUUUUAAAUCCAAUAACACAUGUCUAAUCACUUAAUUAUGCGGAUUAUAUCAGAAAUACAUCAAAAACCAACAUUGAAGUCCCAAAGCCAAAGUGUACAAUAAUCAAAUUUGUCGCAUGUUUUUAAAUCAAAAUGACAAUAUUUUUAGGACUUUCUUUUAACUUGUUAUUUUUUUUUUAUUCCUCGAGUAUAAAACAACUCCUCAGUUUCCCCAUUAAAUACAUUUAUUCGGGCUUCUUAGCCGAAACCUGAGACGGCUUCUUGGCCUUCGUUUGAACGGGUUUCUGGGAACGCAGGACGGCAGAGGCGCGACGCAGAGCAGCCUAAAAACA